GAGCCGAGCCCUGCCGAGCCCAGGAGAGCCCAGCAGGGCCGAGCCGAGCCGGGCUGGGCCGAGCCGAGCCGGGCCGGGCCGGGCCGCGGCCAUGGGCGCCGGGUUGUGAGGGGAGGAGGAGGGGGGGGCGGGCGGCGAGGGGCGCCCCGCAGGCGGCCAUGGGGAACAUCUCGUCCAACAUCUCCGCCUUCCAGUCCCUGCACAUCGUCAUGCUGGGGCUGGACUCGGCGGGGAAGACGACGGUGCUGUACCGGCUGAAGUUCAACGAGUUCGUCAACACCGUGCCCACCAUCGGCUUCAACACCGAGAAGAUCCGGCUGAGCAACGGCACGGCCAAGGGCAUCAGCUGCCACUUCUGGGACGUGGGCGGCCAGGAGAAGCUGCGCCCGCUCUGGAAGUCCUACAGCCGCUGCACCGACGGCAUCAUCUACGUGGUGGACUCGGUGGACGUGGACCGGCUGGAGGAGGCCAAGACGGAGCUGCACAAGGUGACCAAGUUCGCCGAGAACCAGGGCACGCCGCUGCUGGUCAUCGCCAACAAGCAGGACCUGCCCAAGUCCCUGCCGGUGGCCGAGAUCGAGAAGCAGCUGGCCCUGCACGAGCUCACCCCCUCCACCACCUACCACAUCCAGCCCGCCUGCGCCAUCAUCGGCGAGGGGCUGACGGAGGGCAUGGACAAGCUCUACGAGAUGAUCCUGAAGCGGAGGAAGUCCCUCAAGCAGAAGAAGAAGCGGUAGAAGCCCGCAGACGCGUGGACGGGUGGGAAUGCAGACAAAGGAACCGAGGGGGAGAGAGAACCAAAGCGAUCCUGUUUUUUGUGUUUUCCUUUUUUUUUUUUUUCCUUCUUUUUAUUUUUUUUUUGUCCCUUUCCAAACGAAACGACGACAAUAGCGGUGAUAACAAUACCGCUCCUGCUAGCCAAGCCCUGAUCCUGACUGCGGGCGAGAGCCAGGAUCUCCUUCUCCCGCUCUUCCCCCUUGCCCACCACCCUUUCCCCGGCCGGAGGGCGGCGUGGAGCACAGGGUGGCUGCUGGGCUCCAAGCUGGAGAUGCCCUGAGCCCCCUGGCCGGGCUGGAGAUGCCCUGAGCCCCCCUGGCCGGGCUGGAGAUGCUCUGAGCGGGACAAGACGCCGCGGGCGGCCGAGAGCCCGUGGAGCUGGGGUGGCCCCCCCAGCGCCCCUCCGUCCUUGCGGGGCGUGGAGGCCAAGGGGUGAACAGGGCAGGACCCUGUUAAAGUGCAUUUGAGAGAGGGCGAACGCGCGCCUGGAGCUUUUAAUGCAAGGUCAGCCGGCAAGGAGGGCGGCUCUCGGCUGCCUUCAUCCCUCACCGGGGGGCUGGAGUAGCGUAAAAUGGGGGAGAUGGCCGAGGGGACAAAACCUGGACGAGGGGACAAACCCCGGCCGAGGGGACAAAUCCAAACCCCGCGGGCUGGUGUUUUAGGGAGCAGAUGAGUGCAGAGCACAAGGGCAGGCAGCCUUCAGUAAUGCCGCAGCGGCUGGGGGUGUGUAGCAGCUGGUGACUGGUGCUGAGCUUUAAGCUGUUUGCUUAAAAAAAAAGAAAAAAAAAAAAAAGGGUGAAGUGAGGGGCGUCCAGGAGUCUCUGUUCUUAAAGGCGUGGUUGUGGCUUCUCCUGAAGCAAAGCCACGAGCAGGUCUUUAUUGUGCCCAGGCAUGCGCCAAGGUGCUAAUAUGCUCCAUUCGGGGUGACCCAAAAUACAGAUUUUAAGAAAAAAAAAAAGCUUUGUACACCGCUGGGUGGACUGGUCACCGUGCUGCCCUGCAGCUGGUGCGGGAGGCUGGGGCAGCGCUUGUUAAACAGGAGCUCGGGGAGGUCGUGGCAGGACGGACAGCUGCCGGGUGAAAAGGGCAGAGCUUGCAAAACCCUGCAAAAAGAUUGCAAAAUGUGGCAGGAAAAGGGGACUCGGCAGUGCCGGGGAAACGAUGGGGUGUGGAGAGAGGGGGUGAGGCGGGGGGGAGCUUAUUUUUUUUAUGAAGAUUUAAACCCGAUGGAAAGCAGAGAGCCCCCAGUUGCCAGCAGGUGAAUGUUUGGGCACCGAGGUGGGAUCAGGCCAGGCUGGGGGCCCUGGGGACUGUAAGCCAUUUGCUGGCAGUGUUUUGGCCCGGGAACCAGCUCUCUGCGGGACAAAAGCAGGGUCCCCGCUCCCCACGUUGCCCACAGACAGGAGGGAGAGCCGGGCAGGCAGGAGUUUGUGGUGCUUUUCCACCAGCCUUCCUGUUCGAAAACCCUCCCCGAAACAGCCAAGGAAACCACCAAGCAGACAAAGAAAAAAAAAAUGCCCUCAGGUUUCAGGGAGUUGAUUCUCCCCUUGCAGCGACGAGCGCGGUACCUUUCCAAUGGCAUUUUGUCAGAAAACAAACGCUGCGGCCAAGCAGUACGUCUCUUGUUAUUUUUUUUUUUGCGGGAUUUGAGUUCCUACACGAGUCCCGACCUGUGCGCGGAGCGAGUGGGCUGGUCCCAUCAGCUUAGGAGGCUGUGUGCCUGCCUCGUUGGGUUUCCUUUGCUUUGUCUUCACCUGGAACACUUUGGUAUUUGCUGUUGGGAGAGAGAGCAAAAUAUUUAUUUUUGAUGCCACAGAAGCCAAACGCUUAAACCUUUUUGUUUUCUUUUUUUUUUUUUUUUUUUUUUGGCGAGUGACCCAUUCCAGGGGCAAAACACAGAACUCCUUUUGCCCGCCACCUCUCCACCUCUUAAGAAGAACGAAUGUGGGUGUUGUGUGUUUUGCCUCCUCGCCGUCAAGGUGUGGAUCUUGGGUCUGCUGGCACCGAGCAUCCCCUCGGAGAUGGGACUGCUUUUUGGCUGAGCUUUCAGGCACGCGCCUGGCUCGCGUGCUCUGAGGCUCAUCCGAGGCAGGCGGGAUGCUGUCGGGGUGCCGUUCCCACCAGCUCGGCUUUCUGCAAUAAUUAAAAGUACUUCUCCAAUUAGUAGCUAAUGGCUUCCGUGGUAUUUCCGUAACGUUUCACGACUGCGUGCUGAUUUUCCUGUGUGAAGAUGAGCGUCGCCUACGGUGGGCUAGAAGAAGAGGUGCUUCAGCAGAACAGCAGCUAAAGGGGACUGACUGCCCGUGUUGGUUGUUGCUCUGAAAACGAGCCGAGCGUUUUGCGAGGUUGUGUGUCCUCUAAACCUGUUUGAACGACCCCUUUUUUUUUAUUUUAGCCGACGUCAUGAGGUACGGGUCUCACUCCACGAGGUACCUCGCCGUGUGCCCAUCAGUGUUGGAAAUCCUGCUGCCUGUGUCUUAGCCCUGCCCCUGCCCGUCAGUCUCUGUCCCUCCUGUCUUUCCUCUUUUUUUAAAAAAAGAUGCAGACAUAAUGCUGUGAACUGAAAUAAAUUAUUUAUACAAUGAAAGGGCCUGAUAAAAAACAAACAAAAACCAA